CCCUAUGCCAGUGACAAACCACAGCUCCGACUGGUCCGUGCUGCCUCGCCGUUCAGAGAUCGCGUGUUUGACGGGAGAAAAUUUGUUCUUUAAUUUCUUUGUUUUGUUUUUUUGUUGUAUUUUUUUCCGGUGUUUCGCGAGUUCGGCGGGAGUUUUUGUGCGCUGCUGUUUUUCCCCCCACCUAAGUUUCGGAUUAAAAAAUCGCAAUCGACAGGUUCCAGGUGGUGAAAGGAAGAUGUGUCAGUGAGAUGGCCGUGCUCCUCCUCGUCGCCUUACUGGCGCUCCAGACUGACACUGCUCAAGGUCAAUUCCGUUCGCCGAGGAUAACGGAGCACCCUUCGGACGCGAUAGUGCCGAAAAACGACCCGGUGACGCUCAACUGCAAAGCGGAAGGGAAGCCCGAGCCGCGGAUCGACUGGUACAAAGACGGCGAGAAGCUCGACCUGUCCAGCCCCGAGUCGAAGACCCACCGGGUCGUCAACUUCGAAGGGUCCUUGUUCUUCCUGAGGGUCGCACACGGUAAGAAAGAGCAGGACGACGGUGUCUACUGGUGCGUCGCCACCAACCAGGCCGGCAGCGCGACCAGCAGGAACGCCACCCUCCAAGUAGCAGUCCUGCGAGACGACUUCCGGUCCGUUCCCGUCGGGACGAGAGUGGCAGCGGGGGAGACAGCAUUGCUGGAAUGUGGCCCUCCCAAGGGCAUCCCGGAGCCGAGCCUCCUCUGGAGGAAGGACGGCCAGAACAUCGAUUUCGAAAGUUCUGACAGGUUGAGGGUGGUUGAUGGGGGAAAUUUAAUGAUAAGAGAGGUCAAACCGAGCGAUGAAGGCAGGUACCAGUGCGUAGCGCAGAACAUCGUCGGUCAGAAAGAGACCCAAGCCGUACCCUUGACUGUCCACGUUAAACCGUUCUUUUCGAAAGAACCGUCCGACGUGACAGUCGUGGCAGAUACGAGCGUGGAGCUGGAUUGCAAAGUGAGCGGCGAUCCGACCCCGAAGAUAUUCUGGAGGAGGGACGACGGAAAGAUGCCCGUGGGCAGGGUGAGGAUCACCGACGAGAAGAACCUGAGGAUCGAGAGGGUUCAGCCGGAAGACGAAGGCGUUUACAUCUGCGAGGCGUCGAACAUCGUCGGUUCCAUCACGGCCAAAGCCGCUUUGACCGUCCACUCUGCCCCGAGCUUUGUUGUGAAGCCGCAGGACAGGACGGUCUCGCUGAACGGCCUGGCAGAUUUCGACUGCCUCGCCGAGGGAAACCCUAGGCCGUCCGUCUUCUGGACGAAAGAAGGCAGCCAGGUGCUUAUGUUCCCAGGGAACUCGUACGGUCGUCUCGCCGUUAGCCAGACGGGCAAACUGAGCAUCCACGGCGUCCUGAGGGAGGACUCGGGUUUCUUUGUCUGCUCGGCUCUCAGCGUCGCAGGAUCCGCCACAACCCGGGCUUUUCUCCAGGUGAGGUCCGUGGGCGACGUGCCUCCUCCGAUCAUCGAGGUCGGACCCGUCAACCAGACCCUGCCCGUAGGGUCCGUGGCCGUCCUGCCGUGCCAGGCCUCUGGAGAUCCACAGCCGAAAGUCAAGUGGUACAAGGACGGUGUACAAAUAGCGCCAAAUAGAAGAAUUGUCUUUUUUGAAAACGGCACCCUUCAGAUCGACGAACUGGAGCAGAGCGAUUCCGGCCUCUACACCUGUACGGGCGUAUCGGAAAGUGGCGAGAGUUCCUGGUCGGGGUCGUUAUCAGUCGAAGAUAGCCCAGGGGCGGAUUUGCACCGGAGCCCCGACCCGAGCGCCUUCCCCGGCCCCCCGUCCAUCCCGAGACUACUCAACGCCUCCCAGUCCUCCCUCACUGUCAUCUGGGACCCUCCUCAAGACUCCGGCACCAUAAUCGGCUACACUGUCGAAUACUACAGCCCCGACUUGCAGAGCGGGUGGGUAGUUGCCGCCCAUAGGAUUCCCACCAACUACAUCAUGGUCAGGGACUUGAAACCGGACACCGGGUAUAUUUUCAUAGUGCGAGCUGAGAACCCUUUCGGACUGUCCGUGCCGAGCAGGGUAUCACAGCUGGUCAAGACGAUGAGUAAGGAUUCGAGGGCGGUGCCGCCACAACAGCUGGACGAAGCGAGGAUGCGGCUCAGCACCAAAGUCCUAACGCUCAAGAACCUCAUACCGACUGCUUCGACCGCUGUGAAGAUCAGCUGGGAGCUCGUCGGCAGCGACGAGUUUCUCGAAGGCGUCUAUGUUCGUUUCAGGGAGCUCGCGGGAGGUUCGCACAAGUACAACAUGCUCACGGUGAUGAACGCAGGGGCGACGCAAUACACUGUCUCAAACCUGCGCAAAUUCACAAAGUACGAGUUUUUCCUCGUGCCUUUCUUCAAGAGCGUCGAGGGGCAGCCUUCCAACUCCAAAACUGUGCAGACUUUGGAAGACGUACCUUCUGCUGCACCGGUUAAUAUACAAAUGGAUAUGAUCAACGCUACCACGGCGAUAGUCAGGUGGACGGCACCAUCCCCUCAACAUUUCAACGGGAUAUUACUAGGAUAUAGAAUACAAGUAAGGAGUAAUUUGACGAAGAUUCCGAUCCAGAUGUCAGUUAAUAGCAGCACGAGGUCCAUCCUUUUGCAAAACAUUAGCACCAACGGGGAGUAUGGUGCUAGGAUCGCGGCGUACACGCGAGUAGGGCUGGGUCCGUACUCUCCCGUCGUGCCUUUGAGCUGGUCGACCGCCCAGCAAGGGCCUCACGCACAGCCGAGCCAUUCGGCCUCCGACACGUGGCUUUUCGUCACGUCCGUAUGCCUCAUCCUCCUCGUCCUCGGUGCGGUGGCGACGUCGUUCGUCUACCUGAGGAAGAGGCAGAUGGCCAAAGACCUCAGCCACCUCGGCGGACCGACUGUGAGCGGCGGCAACGAUCUCUCCCUCCUCCACGGCAACGGGAAAGACACGCUCUGGAUCGACAGGGGCUGGGACAAAAUAAGCAGCGGGUGCAAAGUCGGUCCGCACGAAGUCGGGCCCGAUUACGCCGAAGUCGAUGCCAGGUCACUGUCCACUUUCUACAACCCCAGAAAAGAACAGCCGACUCCUUACGCCACGACCACUCUUUUAAGCCGGACAGAUGAAAACAAAUCAGACGGCCGUUCGCACACGAUAGACUCGAAGGACAUGAUGGCCCAGGAACUCAGGCCGAUAUUUCUAGUUGACGACCCGCAAAUGAGGAGGAUGCAGAGGCUGACCCCCGACUGCAUGCAGAACGGAUUUCCCAACUGGAACGAGUUUCUACCCCCGCCUCCGGAACACCCUCCGCCGGUCGGAGAUGCCAGAUCGGCACACCGGACCUACCAAGUAUGCGGAAGUCCAACGAUAAACCGAAGAUGCGGCAGCUGCUCUUCAAGGGAUGGACUCUCUCAGAGGUGUCCUCCUUGGCACAAUGACACCUGCCGACAUGCGCACACAUCCCACUCUGUGCGCUGUAUGCACGAGUGCGGCCGUAGCACAUGUGGCAGCAACUGUUCAUCGCACCACAGCCACCACUGCCAGCCACUUGCCCACCGUCUGCGUGAGCCUACACCGGACCACACGCACGAAGAAAGCACGUCGCUCCUCUAUGGCCAGCCCGUCAACAGGGUCUGCAGCUGCGACAUACACUGCUGCGAGAAAAAAUCAAACACGACAAUCCAAGCGACAAGGCACAACGAAAAUGCAACAAAAUGUGAUUGCCAGUGUGAUCAUAAUGAGACUGAGAACUGGCGGAGGAAUUGGGACGAGUGCGGCAGCUAUCAGCAGAGCGACUGCUGCUCCUGCAGCGAAUCAUCAUGCCUUUAUUCAGAAGCUGCGCAACCCUGCAGGCUACCCAACACGAUGAAAAGUGCAGGGAGCCAAGCAGACUAAAUAUAACUCAACAAUCGAGUUACAACUCACAAGGGAAGACAAUACAACAACAGAAUGUGAACUGAAAAAAAUGCAUGUUCAGCCACUCUGUAAAUAGUUACUCCAAUUAUGCUGUAUUUAACUUUUUUUUAAAUACAGCAUAUUGUAAAUGUUUUGUACAAAAUAAUAUAAUCAAAAGUGUGAAUAAUCUGUACAGUUUUCAGUGUUAAAUUUGCUGUAUAUACACGUAGUAAAAUAAUAUUUAAAAAAACUUUAUUACACAUUUGUUAGAUCUAGUUUCAACGCCAUUCAAUGGACUUUAUAUAGAACGUAGAUCUAUAAAAAAAAUUCCUAGGAAAAAAAACAGAACACAAAUGUAAAAGUGUUCUUUAAACAAGUAAAAUUAAACUAAAAAUAUCAUGUUAAUGUUAUUUCGGAAAGGAUGAAAAAAGAAAGGAUUAUCCUUUGCAAAAUACUAGUCAUUGUAGUAGUUUGAAAGAUAUUAUAACUCGUAGUUAUCUGUGAUUGUUUGUUAAUUUUAUAAGAUAAUAAUAAAAAUAUUUGAACAAAAACGACUCAAUUAGGUGUAAAAUUGGUAUCACGAAUGUACAUCCCACGCAAAAGUAAAGAUUUUUUUUAAUUUGAAAAAAUAAAUUUAACAAAAGUCUUCAAGUAUCGAACAGUGUGGUGAUUGUUACCAUUCGGAAAAAAAGUGAUACUACUCGAUUUUCUAGAUAGUCGUUCCUCACCACUGCAUCCAACCAUAAUUUUAAAUUUUUAUAUUUUCAAUCAAUCAUAAAUCAUGUACAUAAUGGUGUUUUUUAUGUUUCAUUUGUCUGCCAAGGAGAAAGGCAUGAAAACUAUGUUAACUCAUUUUUGUUAUCUUUUGUUCUCUCUUAUUAUGUAUUUCAAAAAUGCACAAAAUA